CAUCACCAAAGGCCCCAUUCCUUGAGCCAUAACUGCGCUCUCAUCUCUCUCUUUCGUCUCAAUCGUUGCCUAACUUUUCUCGCAAUCAGUUUUACUCAACACAUUGCCAUCAAAUGCAUGACUUCUAUAAUAAAGCAAAUCCUUAUAGUGAUUAUAGUACUGAUGAAGAGCAACAUCAGUACCGGCAACGGGAAAGACAUCACCACAUGGAUGGACAUCAUAUGAGAUCAGAACACGACAACUGUAUGUGUCUGGUGUGGGCCUGUAAGACAUGCAAACGUAAGACCGUAUCCAUCGACCGCAGGAAAGCGGCAACAAUGAGGGAAAGGAGAAGAUUAAAGAGGGUGAAUGAGGCGUUUGAGAUACUGAAGCACAGGACAUGUUAUAACCCGAAUCAAAGGUUACCGAAAGUGGAAAUACUUCGGAGUGCUAUUGAAUACAUCGAGAGCUUAGAAGGUCUUCUUCAGCAAAAUAAUAAUAUAGGAAACGGAUCGACACCUUUGGGUUCAAACAGUUAUAGUAUCCCAGAAUCGCAAAUGAGUUCAAACUCAAUGUUUGCCAUAAAUCACUGUUCAAUGGUCUCAUCAGAGAACAUGUCAUACGGCGAGUGUGAGUACAACACGACUGUCUCGUCUUCUUCCUCAUCAUUGAGUGACUCUUCAAUGGUCUCCAGUUUGGACUGUCUUUCAUUGAUCGUUGAGAGUAUAUCACCAAUAAAUAUGUGCGAAACUGAUAGAAGCCCUCAAAAGACUAAUUACCCUUUACUGACAUAAGUUAAAUAAAUGUAUUCAACAAAAUAUGUAUGACUUGUCUAUGAGAGGCCUACCAAAUACAGAAACAUAGGACUGUAGUCCAUAAUGAUAGUGACAAUGAAGAUCGGGAUCACAUUGCAACUCGUUUUACACAUCACUGCACUCCAAACACAAUCAUUCAAUUACCACUCAUUUGAAUGCAAUCCAUCAAAUCAACGGUUAGG